UAGAAGCGCGAGAGUCUGCAAGUGCAGAAGUUCCUGGAUUCUCACCCGGAAUCGUCGGACGCUUUUUUACGCAACUACCCAAACCUGCUCGACUCAACUUCAGUUUACCUUCAUAUUCCUCCUUUUAUUUGGCUCCUGUUCGCUCUUCGGCGUCCCGGUGAAGCAGACGGUGUCUUAAACCACUUUGGAGCACCGCUCUUUCUUUGUCUCCCACCACAAUGUCCUCGCAGGCUGAGUCCAUCCCCGGGGUAAGACCAACGACCCCCCCGUUGAACUCUGCCAGUUCUCCAUCUUUGAAAUCAGCAGAUUCUCUGCAUCCUCCAGCAAGCAGAGACCGCUCCCCUUCCCCCAUACGAGGCUUCAAUAUUCCCAGCCCCUUGCCCACUCGCAGGAACAGGACCUUCUCAGCGACGACUCGUGCAUCAGAGGGUCCGGUGUUUGGUGGUGUGUGUAAAUCUUUCUGCCGCUCCAAAGGCCAUGGCUUCAUCCAGCCAUUUGAAGGGGGCGGCGAAAUCUUUGUCCACAUCUCAGACAUCGAGGGCGAGUAUGUGCUCGUGGAAGGUGACCAGGUGAGAUACAAAGUCUGCUCCAUUCCUCCGAAAUAUGAGAAGAUCCAGGCCGUGGAGGUCACCAUCACCCGUCCGAAGACCGGAACCAAACACGAGACCUGGACAGGAAACUUUUCCCAAAACUGAGAGCUCAAGCAUUACCGAGGUUAGGUGAUGGCGCACUCGAGAACAAAAGUUGGUUUGUUAAGAGUAGAUUCAUCAUACAGGGGCGGAGAUUCCUAUCUCAAAAUACUCCAAAUAUUUGGUGUCUUGGGUUAUUUAAAAUGGUGAUCUGUUAUUUGGGAACAUGUACAAUGUAUUUUAGUUUACUGCUGAAAUCCUGCAGUGAGUGUUAAGUCAUGCAGGGAUCGCUAGUCCAAUGCCAUAAGGUUUAUUACCAGGUCAACGCUGUGCCUACUUCUGAACCUAAAACUCUGCUCGUGCCUAUUGAUACAUGACCUGUGUUUGAUUAUGUGGGAUAUAUAAUAAAUCAAUUAAAAAGGG